AUGGGACAUAACCCUGGAAGAGUUCAACAAUUGUGGGAAAAAUAUAAAAAUGAUAUGGCGGAUGAUAUUUUCCACAGAUUGAAAGAACAGAACCCUGAUGCUUCAUACAAUGACUUAAUUUACAAUGACGCGUUAACAAAGGUUGAAGAUCAAGUGAUUACUAUUACUGGAAAAGAUUUAACCGAUUUUGGAAUGAUCAGACCACAAAGAACUAGAGAAGUAAGUAGUGAUUUAAUGCGAGAAUUAGAUUACGAUACUGUUUCUUUGAGGCAACAAAUAUCGGAAGCUCGUCCACUUUUAAAUUCAGAGCAAAAAAUAAUUUUUAACACAAUAAUUCAAAAAGUUGCAAGUGACCAAGGAGGUUUGUUCUUUUUAGACGUUCCAGGAGGCACUGGAAAAACUUUUCUUUUAAAUUCAUUGCUAGCCCAAAUACGUAAAGAUAAAGGAGUUGCUGUUGCAGUAGCUUCCUCUGGAAUAGCUGCUACGCUACUUAGCGGGGGACGAACAGCGCACUCGGUUCUAAAACUACCAUUGAAUUUAGCUCAUGAGGAAAUUCCAAUAUGCAACAUUAGCAAAAGCAGUGAGCGCGGAAGAAUGUUACAGCAGUGUAAGCUGUUGGUUUGGGAAGAAUGUACCAUGUCCCACAAAAGAGCAAUCGAACCACUAGAUCGCACCAUGAAGAAUAUUAAAGGUAAUCAGGAUACCAUGGGAGGGAUGGUUGUACUUUUAGCUGGUGACUUUAGACAGACCCUUCCGGUUAAAGGUACCCCGGCAGAUGAAAUAAAUGCCUGUUUGAAAGCAUCUGUAUUAAGGGUACACGUAAAAAAGUUUUGUCUCACUACAAACAUGAGAGUACAACUUCAUAAUGAUUCUCAAGCAGGGCAAUAUGCCGCUGCUCUUCUAAAAAUCGGAGAAGAUUGUAUGCCAACUGAUAAUAGCGGCAUGAUUACAUUAAGACAUGAGUUCUGUCAAAUUGUCGAUAGCACAGAUGCUACCCAAAGACACUAUUCCACGCGGACGAAGUCGCGGGCACAGCUAGUUUUUAUGUAA